AUGUGUUUUAUUUAUUUAACUAGGCAUUACCGUCUACUGUAACAGUCUAACCUGCCUUUAUUUAGCAGAGGACCACCCUACACUCUCCCUAACAGACCUCCUCCUGCCCCAGUCAUGAUGGUGCCCCCCCCUCCCACCAACCAGCCCCAUAUCUGCCUGUCCACCCUGCUGAUCAUGAGCAGUAUGGCCCUGAUCGAUGCCUAUCUGGUGGAACAGAACCACGGGCCCAGGAAGAUAGGUAUCUGUAUCAUGGUGAUGGUAGGGGACCUCUGCUUCCUCAUCGUGUUGCGGUACGUGGCGGUUUGGGUCGGGGCCGAGGUACGGACCGCCAAGCGAGGCUGUGCCAUGAUACUCUGGUUCCUCUAUAUCUUUGUCCUGGAGAUCAAGGUGUACUUUGUGUACCAGAACUACAAGGCUGACAGGAAGUCUCUGGAUGCUCUGGCCCGUAAGGCCCUGACCCUACUCCUCUCAGUCUGUGUCCCGGUGCUGUUUGUUGGUCUCGUGGCAAUAGACCAUAUGGAGUACGUACAGCCGUUCAAGAAGAAAGAGGAGCUGCGUAACAGGUUGUUCUGGGUGGUGGUGGACCUGCUAGAUAUCCUGGAUAUUCAGGCUAAUCUCUGGGAACCCCUGAAGAAAGGUCUCCCUCUGUGGGCUGAAGGACUGAUGUUCUUUUAUUGUUACCUCCUGUUGCUAGUCCUUCCCUGUGUAUCUCUUAGUGAGAUCUCCAUGCAGGGCAUCAAUAUAGUCCCACACAAGAUGAUGCUAUAUCCUAUCCUCAGCCUGGUCACCAUUAAUAUUUUAACCUUAUUGAUCAGAGGCUGUAACAUGCUGCUGUAUAGGGAUGCCCGGGUCAGUGGGAUCCUGAUAGGGAAGAAUGUGUUAGCUAUCAUACUAAAGACCUGUAGCUUCGUCCAGUACAGGAAGCAGUUACCGAACACUCCUCCUGCUUUCGGGUUGGAACGACAGAGGAACUCUGUACCACAUCACCAUGGUAACCAGGGUCUUGGACGCCCUGUUUCUAUAGUGAUGACCGCUCACCUGCAGGUGGUCCUCCCGGACCAGACAGCCCUGCCCCUCCCUCUGCCAGAGGUCACAACUACAUGUCAACAUACAUGACUGAGACCAGGAUCAUACCAUGUAUGUAUGACCCUCAGGAUAUUAUACACGGGACACACAGAAACAUCUGACUCUGACCAAAAUCUACAUGGAUGUACCAAUAUCAUGUAUGACCAUCAGGACUCUACAGGGCAAUGGUCAACAUCAUGUGAAAAACCUUGUAUGGAUAUUAUCACUGAUCAGAGGGACACUUUACACUUCUAAUAAAACAUAAAGCAGUAUAUGGAUAUUGUCACUGAUCAGAGGGACACUUUACACUUCUAAUAAAACAUAAAGCAGUAUAUGGAUAUUGUCACUGAUCAGAGGGACACUUUACACUUCUAAUAAAACAUAAAGCAGUAUAUGGAUAUUGUCACUGAUCAGAGGGACACUUUACACUUCUAAUAAAACAUAAAGCAGUAUAUGGAUAUUGUCACUGAUCAGAGGGACACUUUACACUUCUAAUAAAACAUAAAGCAGUAUAUGGAUAUUGUCACUGAUCAGAGGGACACUUUACACUUCUAAUAAAACAUAAAGCAGUAUAUGGAUAUUGUCACUGAUCAGAGGGACACUUUACACUUCUAAUAAAACAUAAAGCAGUAUAUGGAUAUUGUCACUGAUCAGAGGGACACUUUACACUUCUAAUAAAACAUAAAGCAGUAUAUGGAUAUUGUCACUGAUCAGAGGGACACUUUACACUUCUAAUAAAACAUAAAGCAGUAUAUGGAUAUUGUCACUGAUCAAAGGGACGCAGGAUCCUUAUGGAGUAUAGCACAGAGACAUGGAGAAUGUUUAUGAAGAACCUUGAUACAAAGAAGAUUAUAAUACCAAUCUGAAUGUAUAUUAUCAUUGGAACACAGUGGAAACUCUCCUUAAGGAUAAUAUGGUGACAUGGACAACACCUUCUAAUGUAAAUAACAGUAUCUCUAGACUCUUAAUAUUUGCCCUGUGGAUUCAGAGAACAGUAUCUCCAGACUCUGCAAAUUAAAUACUUUCCUCUGUGGAUUCAAAUAACAGUAUCUCUAGACUCUGUUAAAGACAACACAUUCUGGUGUAAAUAACAGGAUCUCUAGACUCUGUUAAAGACAACACAUUCUGGUGUAAAUAACAGUAUCUCUAGACUCUGUUAAAGACAACACAUUCUGGUGUAAAGAACAGGAUCUCUAGACUCUGUUAAAGACAACACAUUCUGGUGUAAAGAACAGGAUCUCUAGACUCUGUUAAAGACAACACAUUCUGGUGUAAAUAACAGGAUCUCUAGACUCUGUUAAAGACAACACAUUCUGGUAUAAAGAACAGGAUCUCUAGACUCUGUUAAAGACAACACAUUCUGGUGUAAAGAACAGGAUCUCUAAACUCUGUUAAAGACAACACAUUCUGGUAUAAAGAACAGGAUCUCUAGACUCUGUUAAAGACAACACAUUCUGGUGUAAAGAACAGGAUCUCUAAACUCUGUUAAAGACAACACAUUCUGGUAUAAAGAACAGGAUCUCUAAACUCUGUUAAAGGCUUCCUUUCCCUGCAGAUUUAAUGAAUAAUGAAUGUUUUAUAAUUAAACAAAAAACAAUAAGUAAAAUACAGGUUAAGAUAAAUACUUGCAUUAUUAGAAUAUAACAACAGAUGGUUGUUCCUGUGCUCUAGUGGACAAUUCAGUUUUAAUCAGUUGAAUGUUGGAGUCAUUGACACUACAGAGCUGGGAGCUGAUGGGCACGUUCCAAGCUGACUGCAUUGCAAACAUUUCAUUAACUAAUGGUUGUGAGCAUCUUACAUUUAUCAUACGAUAUGGAAUGCUGAUAUGUUAAACCUAUCCAGGCUUGUAAGAUCUGGCAUGGUCCGCAAUGUAGUCAUUCAGGAAUACCACACAGAGAAAUAAAAUGAUUUACAUUUGAAACAAAAUGCUUUGGCA